CAUAAAAAGAGAAAAUGCAGCAAACUUCCUCUGCUCCAUUCCCCAACUGCUGUUACCCAAUCCCAAACCAGUUUCACUUCCAUCAUCCCCUCCGUAAGAGACCAAAACCCAUCAACCUCUGCCUCUCAAAUAACCAAACCCACUUCACAAACAUCUGUGCCCUCAUCACUCUCACUCCAACUAUCAGUGUCACCAAACUACAAGAAAAGAAUAACAACGAGGACAGCAAUCCCAGCCCAGAUCGCGAUCCUUCUUUCUUUCUACAAUUCUACUCUUCCCUUCACACUAACAACGCUAAUAACCAAGACCCAGAAAGCCAAAACCAGGAACAAGAAGAGGAACAAAGAGAGAGCAAAACCAGGAAAGAUAAGGGAUUUUUCACAAACAUGUGGUGGGCACAAUUGAAAGCGGCACUGGGCCAGAGAUUCAACCCGGAGGGCAUUGCUUCUUCGGCUAUCGUGGUUGUAAAGGACCGGCAAUUGGCGCUUCCGCAUGUCUCCGUCCCCGACAUAAGGUACAUUGAUUGGGUUGAGCUGCAUAGGAGGGGUUUCAAGGGUGUUGUGUUUGAUAAGGAUAAUACUCUCACUGCACCUUACUCUUUGAAAUUGUGGGGGCCACUUGGUUCGUCACUGGAACAGUGCAAGUCGGUUUUUGGUGCCGAUAUUGCGGCGUUCAGCAACUCUGCUGGGCUGUGCGAGUAUGACCUUGAUGGCUCAAAAGCUAGGGCGCUUGAGGGGGCGAUUGGAAUUAAAGUAUUAAGGCAUAGAGUGAAGAAACCCGCUGGAACGGCUGAAGAAAUUGAAAAGCACUUUGGCUGUAAAUCCUCACAACUUAUCAUGGUGGGUGAUCGGCCAUUUACGGAUAUUGUUUACGGAAAUCGAAAUGGUUUUCUGACUAUUCUAACUAAACCUUUGAGUCUUGCGGAGGAGCCAUUCAUUGUUAGGCAGGUGAGGAAACUUGAAACAUCCCUUGUCAGCCGCUGGUUUAGGAGAGGGUUGAAGCCACCCAGUCACAGCCUGUUGUCAGAUGACAUGCUUUGUAUCAAAGAUCCCCCACCUUUGUAAGAACAUUAUUGGAUAUAUGCAAGAGCAUAGGUUGGAACGGCAUGAAAAGUUAACACUUUUGUGCAUCAAUUUUUUUUAUUAUUUGACCACAAUCUCUC